UUUCUCUUUCCAGAUAAAGCCCAGCCAUGUGGGCAGGGCUGGGGCUCCUCCUGAGUCUCUGCCUCCUCCCAGGAGGAGGGGCAGAGAUCCAGAACUGCCAGAAGCCCCCAGAAUGGCGAAUUGGGGAGGAGAGCCCCAUGCUGAGCUCCCAGGGCUCAGUGACAGUGGUAGUUCUCCUCCAGGCCAGCUGAUACCUGUGCCUGCUGCAGGCUUCCAAACUGGAGGACCUGCGAGUGAAGUUAGAGAAUGAAGGACUGGUCAAUAUCUCAUAUGUAGUUGUCAACCACCAGGGAACUCUGUCACAAAGGAAAUUUCUACUGAAAGAAAGUGUACCUACUGAAAGAAAGUGUUUCAAACUAUAUUACUGUCUAUCAGCAGGACGAACAGCAAGCUGA